AAACCAGUACUAGUGACUUGAGCAUUGGAAAUUCUUCUCCUUUUUGUAGCCGGUUUCCUCAUUCGCACUCCAAUGCCUCCAACAUCAAAAGUAUAGGAAAGAAAGACAGCUUGCAUUACCGAAAUUUCCACCUUUAAUUGUCAACCUAACUGCUUCCUCCAUGACCAUCUCAAUUCUCAAAACAGGCUAAUAUUUUACUACCACUUCAUUUCAAUAAUCAGUCUCUACUUUUACAUUACGCAUCGUUUCGUUGUUGGCAACCACAAAAGAAUUGAAGAUUCCGUUACUACGAUUAUGACAUUAAGCAUCAUGUCAUACUAAUUGCUAAUUUGCUGCAGUGCUAUAUAAGACUUGAAUUUCAAACUCAGCUAAACUGAUUCUAAGGUCAACUAUCCCUCCACCCACCCCGGCAAAACCCAGAAAGAAUAAAAAUAGGAAGUCACCAAAUCUCACAAACCAAACCAAAUCAGGCAAAGCCAUUUCUGGGUUUUUCUCAUCUUUCCCCAAUCUGAAAUGGGUAGGAAGCCAAUUGACUCGGAACCCAACAGAUGGGGCUCCAUGAUCCUCCUUUUUCUGGGGCUGGUCUCGUGUACUGUGGUCUACGUGUUCACGUCAUCGGUGUUCAGACCUGCUGAGACUUCAGAAAUUGAAUCUUUGACAAGUUUGGAGGUGCAAAGUGGGAAUCUUGAUGGUGAAGAUAGCGGUCAAUGUUGUACUGGGAUCCCAAAUCUGGAGCUCUGGGGGCCUGCCGUGAAGUGGGGUACGGAUUUCAAGUUCAAUUCUGCUGGGGAGUGUUGUAGGGCCUGCAAAGCAAUGUGUACUGGCAAUGAUGGGCCUUGUUUGUGUGAUUCUUGGGUUUUUUGUGGGAAUAAACAGGCGUGUGGAUCAAAAUUCGGUGAGUGCUGGUUGAAGAAACAGAAAGAUACUCUGGCCCCUGAUCGACAUGAGAGGGGGGACAAAACGAUGUGGACUUCUGGCCUUGUUUUUGGAAAAGGAGAAGGCAUAAUUGGCAUGGAAACUGAUUAUGGAACUCUUCACAUAAAGCUUUUGCCUGAAUGUUCACCGCAUUCAGUUCUCUACAUCUUCGAGUUGUUAUCGUUGAAACACUGUGCAGGCUGCGAGCUUUAUCGUGCUGAAACUCGGGUUCAGUCUUGGGAUUCACAUGGAAACCACAUAAAAGAUGCUUCCUUUGGUCCUCCAUUCGCACUGAUUCAAGGAACUCUUAAUGCCCAAGGAACGGCUUUUGAGAAGCUGCCAGGUGAAUUCUGUCCAACAGUAAGACGGGGAUCUGUGGCAUGGGUUGGUUCUGGCCCUGAAUUCUUUAUAAGCCUAGCAAACCAUGUGGAGUGGAAAAAAUCCUAUACUGUAUUUGGAUAUGUACUCCCCGAGGACAUGGAAAUUGCUGAGAAAAUUGCUCAGCUUCCCACAAAAUCUGAUGUCUGGAACAAUAUUAAGGUGGCAGUCUUGGAGAAGCCUGUAUCUUUGUUGAUACGAAGAAUGAAGAACAGUCAAGAGGACCUAAACCAGAGCGCUAAGUAGGACAGGGCUUUUGUUGGCUUUAUCGGGCAACUUUGUAAAUCAAAUUAUAGGUUUGUCUCCAAAAUUUCCAGUUUCUUUUACUUGUAUACCGUUUUUUAUAUACUCAAUCUAGCAUACAGUUUACAGGACACAAAAGAUGUAUAACAUGGCAUUUUGAGGCCUCAAGUACGAGUACUCUGGAAAACUUUGGCUGUGGUUAUGCCAUUUCGGACUCAAGGGUGCAUGAGUUAAUUAAAAAAGUUGCUCGAGCACCUUUGACGCACGCAUGUAACAAUUUCAGAUGGUUUGUUUGAUGGAGGGUCUGACUCUGACAUUAUGCAAUAACAAGUUGGACUACAUCUUGCUGCCA